AUGGUCAGCUCAACAGUCCCCUCGGAAACCAUUGACAACCAUGUGGAGGAUCACACCGCCGUCUCGCAGUCAGUGACGACACCCGCCACCACCACUUCUACUGAACAAACCUCUGCGCCUGCCCCAGAAAAGAAGAUUCCUUCUGCGCCUGCAGUCAAUCCCUGGAAGCUCCCUCGCAAGGAUGCGGCAGUGAAGCCUGCCAGCAACCCCGAGGCCGAGGCCGAGAAGCGUGUCGAAUCCAUCAUCGAGAACAUCAAGGAGGUCACCCUUGAUGCCAAGGACGACAGUCAAAAGUCGAAAAAGAACAAAAAGAUUCAGCAGCAUCUCCCCUCGCUUGACGACACCAACGUCUGGCCUGAUCCUAGCGCAUCCGCCGAGAAAGACAACAAGCCAGAACCCGUCGCCGCCGCGGCACCGAUCCACAAGAAGAACAAAUGGGCCAACAUUACUCAUUCAACGCAAGCACAUGGAUCCAAGAACCACCAGGACGGACAACAGCCACGUCGCUCCAAGCACGUGUCCUCUGAUGCUAAGGUCACCUCCCAGGCCGCUGAAUCUGCCACUUCCUCAACUGCCCCACAACAGCCUACCCAUGGCCGUCGCGCCUCUGUGCCCUCCGUGUUUGACGGCGAGCCCCAGCAGCAGAACGGAUCGCACCAUCACCGCAGCCAGACUCGCCCUCAGCAUGGUCGUGGACGUGGAGGCAAGACACAUGGCACUCGCCCCAACUAUAGGGCAUCUGUCGGAAACGUCGCUUACAUGUACCAGCAGGCCGCCCCUAACGGCAUUAACACCGACGAAGUGAAAGCUUUCCUUCUUCAGCAGAUGGAAUAUUACUUUUCGGUUGAGAAUUUGUGCAAGGAUGUCUACAUGCGCACGCAGAUGGACGCACAAGGAUUCGUUCCUCUGUCGUUGGUUGCCAACUUUAACCGUGUUAAGAGCCUCACCACUGACCACGCGCUUAUCAAGGAGACCAUCAAGGACAGCAAUGUGAUUGAGCUCAAUGGCGAUAACAUCCGCAAGAAGGGAGACUGGGCUACCUGGAUCUUCCCAAAGGAGGACGGAUCCGUUCCCUUCCAGCCCACUCGUUCCUCGUUUGUGCCCCAUGUCAGGGGUCCUCAUCCCGCCACUUUGACGACCCCUGUUAUCGAGGAUGAUUGGCGCAUCAAGCAUUCCAAGACGAAGAAGCGCGGAUCCAUUGCUCACCCAUCCCCUCCCGCCCCUCAGUCCAAGAACACCACCUCGAGCGGCCAAGGAGACGACGACGACCUUUUCCAGUUUGAUGAUGACAACCUUCUCGGCAGCGCUCGCACUGGCACCGUUCAAAAGUACUAUGUCAGUGAUGACGAUGAUGAAGACGACGACGAGUUUGACGAUGACACUGUCGCCAAGAUUUUGAUCGUCACCCAGAAGAAGCGCGACAGGACUCACGGAUCGUACGAGCGCAAGGCAAUGAACGACGAUAUCAACGACAUGAUCAACGAGGGACUCUACCACUACGAGCACGAUCUUCAGCGCAAGCGCAACAACAACCGCCGCGGAAGUCUCGCCCACUCGAACAAGAAGGUCGAGAUGAUCUCGGAGGAGCAGUUUGCAGCUUUGACUGGCUCCCACCCCCGCACUAGCAGUUUGAGCAACCAUCUCCAGGUCACCCCUGCCGAGGGCAGCAGCGCCGCCGCCAGCACAAACAACAACAAGUCCAAGAAGGGCAAGAAGAGCCAGGCUGCUCGUUUCUAUCCCUUGAAGGGUGCCCAGGGCGGCAAGGGUGGCAACGCUGAUUCCCGCCAGCACUAUGCUCAGGCCCCCGUCGGAUGGGUCUUGGGCGACCAGCCUUUCCUCCAGUCGGACUUGCCUCCUCAGUCGAUCGGCAACUCGCCAGCCGGUAUGUCGAUGGGCUCCUACACCGAGACUUCGCUCUUGUCGACGUCCUUGGAGGCCCCUCACUCGUUCCCUGCCUUCCAGCACCCCUCGCACGAGCUCUUGCACGAGAACGGAUUCAUCCAGCACAAGUACUACAAGUACCACGCCAAGGCCCUCAAGGAGCGCAAGCGCCAGGGAGCAGGACACUCUCAGGAGAUGAACACGCUCUUCCGUUUCUGGUCUCACUUCUUGCGUGACAACUUCAACAAGAAGAUGUAUGCUGAGUUCAAGCGGUUGGCGGUCGAGGAUGCCAACGCCAACUACCGGUACGGUCUCGAGUGUCUCUUCCGGUUCUACUCUUAUGGGCUCGAGAAGAGGUUCCGUCAGGAUCUGUUUUUGGACUUUGAGGCCUUGACCUACUCUGACUUCCAGAACGGACACAUGUACGGUCUGGAGAAAUUCUGGGCCUACCUCUUCUACCGCAAAGACAAGUCCCGUCACAAGUUGGAUGUUAUGGCCGAGCUCAAGCCUCUCCUCGAGCACUACAAGUCCAUUGACGACUUCAAGAACGCCCAAGGCAACAACUCCAACCCUCCCAGCAACCACUAUACCGUGCCCAACCACGGGCAGUAA